GUGAAAAUCGGCAAUCAUCACCAUGGAUUCAAUGUCCCUAUGCUUGCAGCUGCUCUUGAUGCUUCACGUCUCGUGCCUCCUCGUAACGACGUCGUUCGCAGAGCCGCCGUCAGUCCCCGGCCUCCUCCUCAAGUUCAGGGAUUCUCUGACGAACACCUCGCAGCUGAGCAACUGGAGCCUCAACAAUGUCCCGUAUUGCAAAGAGGAUACUCCGGUUUGGACAGGGCUGAUCUGCCGUAAAGGACAGCUCGCCGGACUGAAGCUGGAAGGGAUGGGACUCGCCGGAAGAAUCGACGUCGAGACGUUAUCGCAGCUGAACUCCUUGUCGCCUCUGCGCUCCAUAAGCGUGAUGAAUAACAACUUCGAAGGGCCAUUUCCGGAUGUGGAGAAACUCCAUUCACUGAGAGGUUUAUUCUUGUCGAACAACCGGUUCUCCGGUGAGAUACCGGACGGAAUGUUUUCCGGCAUGAAUGUGAUGAUGAGAGUUUUGUUGGCGAACAAUCAGUUCACAGGGAGGAUUUCGUCGUCGUUGACGGGAUUGGGAAAGCUGUUAGAGUUGAAGCUUCAGAACAACCAGUUUGAGGGUUCCAUUCCGGAUUUUGCGCAAAAGGAUUUGGGGGUCGACUUCUCUAAUAAUAGACUUGAAGGUCCCAUACCGCUUCAUCUAAGUGGUCAAAACGCCGGCAGUUUUGCAGGUAAUCCAAAAUUGUGUGGCAAGCCGCUGAAGGUAAAGUGCCCGCCGGAGGAGGAGAAGAAGAAAACAUUCCCCUAAAUAGCAAUAUAAUCAUCAUCGCCGCCAUUUGGACGAACAGAUGAUGCUAAUGCACUUGGAAUGAAUAAAAAUGGAAGGCACAGGGCUGGUUAAGCGGUUUGGACGGAGUUGGGUUGCAAUUGGAAAAUGAACAUUUAAUUUAUCAUUUUAUUUAAUGCAAAA